GACUAGAUGACCUCCUGAUGUCUCUUCCAACCCUAAUAUUCUAUGAUUCUAUGACAUGCUUAAUUUUACAUAUGAAAUCAAUGGGCCUUAUUACAUGUAUAAAGUUGAGCACACAUCUAUGAGUCUUUGUCAGAUGGAGGCCUUAAUCAUUAAGCAUAUUUUAAACCUGAAUAAUUGAAUAACACUUGACAGUAAAAUGGGUUAAAAGAAAAGUAUAUGCAUGUAAUUCCCAAGAAACACAACUUGCAAGGGAUUCUCAAUUAGAGGUUUAAAGAUCUCCACCAAGAAUCUCUUUAUUACUCUUGAGAAAUCUGAAAGUCCCAACAGUCACCAUAAUCAAAGAGUGAGUACUUUAUAUUGUCUUCAAAUAGUCUUAACAUUAUGGAAUACGGAAUUGACACAAAAAAGCCUAAAACAGUAAAUGUGAUGGUAAUUAAUUAAUUUUCCUAGCCUGGGUGCUCCUAGAAAGAUCAAGAUGAAAUCCUGGCUCUACAGAAGUCAGUGGCAAAACUCUUAAUGACUUCAGUGGGUCUCAGAUUUCAUUCUGAGAAAGUUAGCAAUCCUGUGAUCGUAAUUUAAAGUAAUUCCCUUGCUCUUCCAUACUUGAUGCAUGUUUUUCCCUUCCUAAAAUUGAGGCAAAAAUUACAAUUUAUAGCAGAAGAAAAAUUUGUUUUAGUAGAUUUAGGGCCCAGUCCAGCAAGACACUUAAGCAUGUACAUAGUCUCACUGAAAUCAGUAGGACGACUACUGCUUAAAAUUAAGCCUAUGCAUAAGUCAUAGCAUGAUCCAGGCCUAAAAUGAUAGUGAGAUUUUAUUUGAUAUCCUGAAUGCUUUUCAGUCUGAAGAGGCAGAUCAUACAGUUGAAUAAUACUUAAAUUACCUUGAAAACUACAAAUCCCAGAGAGCAUUGCAGACACCAGGCUUGUGCAAUGUUACAGUCCUCCUGUAAAGAACCAAUGACAAACAGAAUUCAGGAAUCUCGGAUGACAUCUCAGUGUAUUAAAAAGCGCUGUAGGGAGCCCUAAACCAGACUGUAAAAAGCAGUUUUCCCUGGGCUACAUUUAGACAAUCCUAUAAGCUUUCUAUUGACAGUUUAUACUUUCCUCUUGGUGCGCAUCAGCUGUUGGGGAAAAAAGCUGUUUGGCUAGUCCAAAUGGAUGCAAUUUUGAACUGCAAUCUGGAUGAUAUGGAAGAUUAUUACAUCUUGCUAGGAUGUGAUGAACUAUCCACGGUUGAACAAAUUCUUGCAGAGUUUAAGGUUAAAGCCCUUGAGUGUCACCCUGACAAACAUCCUGGAAACCCUAAAGCUGUGGAGAAUUUUCAGAAGCUGCAGCAGGCUAAAGAGAUUCUUACUAACGAAGAAAGUCGAGCUUGUUAUGAUUACUGGCGACGAAGCAAAAUUACCAUUCCAUUCCAGCAGUGGGAGGCUCUGAGCAACUCCAUAAAAACGUCAAUGCACUGGGCUGUCAGAAGUAAAAAAGAGCCAAUGCUGGAAGCACCUGAGCUAAAUCAUAGCAACGACAUAACUAAUGACACUUGGGCCCAACAGACUGAAAACAAUAAAGAUGGAUUGUCCGAUAAGAGAAGGGAGCAAGACGCUGCUGAGACUUCUGAUGAGAAACCACAAUCAGCAAAGAGUCCAGACUCUCCAAGAUUUUUAGAUGCAAAUUGCUCGCACUUGCGUUUCCGCUGGUCAGGUGAUGCCCCCUCAGAGCUUCUGAGGAAGUUCAGAAACUAUGAAAUAUAAAGUAUGAACCCAAGAUACAUAAGAGCAUGGAAUCAUCUGCUCAACAGUGCAGUAUUUUUUGUCCAUGGUUAAAACUUGUUUGUAUCUUGUGCCUCUUCACCAUUAUUUGAAUGUUCAAUUAUGUGGCGUUGUAAUACUGAUCUGUUAUCACACUUUGUAUAAGUAUUUUAGGUGGAAGAAUUUUUGAGAGGGCGAGGCACUAUCUUUAUUCAGUAUUAGCAUAAGUAACAAUUAUGUGCAUAAAGUGGUCCAAUGUUUUAUAUCCGUUUCCUGUGUUCUUCUUUAGUAUACAAUCAGAAGGCUUUUCUGUCCAUAUUAAACAUGUAGAAUGUAUUGUGCAUAUAUACUUCUCGCAGGAUGAAGAACUCAUGGUAUUAAAAAAUAAUCUCCCAAACCUGAAUGCCAAUGAAUUUUAAAUAUAGCUGUGUGUAUUUCUAAAUUAGAUAUUUUGGGCCUGAUACUCCAUUGCCUUGCACAUUGUGCAGUCAUUCAGACCUAUGCACGGUGGAUGUAAAACUAGUGUAAAUAAUUGGAGUUUUCCGACUUGGUAAUGUUUUGCACUGGUGUUAGUGACUAAAUGAGAUAGUGGAAAAUCAGGCCCAUUAAGUUUUAACAUGAGCAACAAUUAACAUGAAACACUUUGAUUCUUUGGGCAAUGUUGCAAAUUUUUAGGACUGUAUUUAUUUAUUUUGCAUUAUUUACUUCCUUGUCAUAACCUGACCUAUAUAUAGGAUAUAAUGAUAGCACUAAAAUGGAUGUGUGGAUUGAAGGUGUUUUGUCUGUUGGAUGACCAGCUAAUUUUACAGCAACAAAGUUAAGUUACUGUAGGAUAUAGACAUAAAUAUUGACUAUUCUUUUAAUUUCUUGGAUCCAGAUCAUACCCUGGAGUUUUCUGCUACCAUCUCUUCAAAUGGGGGGAAGUUUGAGGGGGGCCAAAUGGAAGAGAAAGUGUGAAGCUUCCCCAAAACUCAUGAAUCUUUGGGAGCUUCAGGGAAGGGUAACCCCAGAUCAACAGAGACAAAGAUGUCUCCUAUAUCUGUGCUUGUACAGGGAAACCAGCUAGCUCAGCCACCCUGUGGUUAGCAGCUGCCAAGGAAAUCUUAUCUAAAUAUUAUGAUUAUUGUAUCAGAUAAUUCUUUGGCCAAUACUUGCAAUACAACUGUGGAGUUAUUUUUGUGUUAUGCAAAAUAAAAUACCAUUAAUGCCAUUCACAUUGUAGCUCUGUAGUCUUGGCACAAAUGAAAAAACUUAUAUGGAACUGGGAACAUGCUGAUAGUCCCAAAGCUUGUUAGACAUAAAUGGCAAGUUAAUAGUUAAAAAAUGUCAUCUGAUGAACUGAUUAAAGCUGAAUGCAAAUAAUGUCAUUAAAAAUUCCAGUCUCAGUAAAAUUGAAGGGUGAGCACAA